AUGUCAUCUACCAGUGAUAAUACAACUAACACAAGGGAGAAAAAACCAUUAAAAUUUGUCUCGGAGGGAGUAGGUAAUGUAGAGACUCAGAAGAUACGAGAACAAGUGGAGCAAAAGAAGUACGAAUCAGAAUAUAGAAGGAAAACCAGAAAGUCUUUGCGGGAUCAGCUGAGAUCAAACGCUAUAAGCAAGCAAAAGCAAUACAACGGUUUGGUGAGAGACCGCGAAAGUUUUACUAGAUUGAGCAAAGAUGACCUGGAAUUCUACCAGAAUAGCAAGAAUGAGUUACUGAAAAAGGAAAAAGAAUUUAACAACUACCUGAAUACCAAGGCAGUUAUUUUUGAAAGAAAGCAAAAAGCUUUACUUAGUGAAAAUGAUCCUGCGCGUAAUACAGAAGAAAAUACAGAAACUCGAACUAGUUUAACUGGCAAAAUGCUAAUCAGGGGCGUAAAGCCGUCCAGCUCCAAACCGAAAAUAAAAGUAUCCAUAAAGAAACUGAAUAAAAAACUUGAGAAGUGA